UUUCCUGCAUCUGCAUGUUUCUCUUUUUUUCUUAUUCCUUUUUUAUUCUUAUUAUUUGUGUUAUUUUUCAGAUUGUGUUGGUUGUUAAUUUGAAAAGUAUUUCUCCCACUGUUUCCUAAAUAUAGCUCAAUGUAAAUUCCCCAACACGCCAAUACUCGCUACCUUGGUUUGUCGUUGGAAAUUGAUGGAAUUCCAAGUUUAAACUGAAAUAAACUUUUAAGUGGUCGGUUUUUGUGCAGAUUCAUGGAUUUAGUAAGGCCAUAAACAUGGGGAUCUUCAAGGAGAAGAAAAAUGCAUCUCCGCUAGCUACUUCACCUUGUGCUCAACUUAGAGAGGCUGACCAUAAUUGCUUCAACAGUUCAAAGAAUCAAACUUUCUUUACCCCUUUUGCCUAAUUUUUGUUGUGGGUCAAGAACAGAUAGUUUUCUUUAGAUUAUUGAAAACUCCCUCCAUUUUAAUUUGUUUGUACUACUUUAUUUUUUAGUCCGUUUAAAUAAAAAUGUCUCUAAUAUUUUUAUUAACUAUUUGGGAUGGAGCAGUUACAGCUUGCCGUGGACAUGAUACUAGAUAGGAAGGUAUGUUGAAUGCGAAUUAGGUUAGAAGGUUAGUGCGUGUGGGUGAGUCGUAGCCAAUAGAUAGGUGUUCUUUUGGGUAGCCUUGCUAGUAGUCAUAGGACUUUGCACAUAGGGUGGAGUCUCUAGUUAGGAGGAUUGGGGGAGGUGGGUGCUUGCGGUUUGUUAAUGUAUAGUACUACUUUGUGGGUGCCUUGUUUCUGUUAUUUCAUCUACACCAGGUAUGUUGUUGUUGUACUUAAUUUCAAAUAUCUACUCACAUGUUUUACUUUCUUAAAUUUUUGGUCAAGUCAAAAUAAGACAAAUAAAUUGAACUAGCGAGUAUAUUGGUAUAAGGGGAACAUUUGUUAUUUACCUAAAACCCUGAAUCCUGAUAGUGAUGAUGGGAAUUUUCUGUAGGUGGUAUUCUGACAAAUUCUUGAAGGUGAAGUGGGAUAAAGAAGAGUGUGUUAUAGAGUGGAAGAAAUACAGAGACUGUCUAUCGCAACAUCUGGAUGAUAAGCAUUUAAGUAGAUUCUUGGAAGCUGAUGGAAUUGUGGGUGGUGCUAAUCACAAUGAUUCUAAGAGCUCUGCUGGUGUUCCCAAGUAGCACACAACUGAGCAUCUUGAUGUACCAUGGUUAUGGAAGAUGGAAUAUUAAUAACCGGAUACAACUUGCUAAUCGAUCAAUCAAGCAUGUCUGGUGAGAGUGCACCAAUUAGCAUAUAUGAAGGAAGACCGUUUCUUCUAUCUGGAACCAAAGUGCAAGAUGGUUCGGCUAAGAUGUUAGUAACAACUGUUGGAAUGAAAACUGAAUGGGGUAAGCUGAUGGAUAGAUUAGCAGACACGGUAGAAGACGAGACGCCACUGCAAGUUGAGUUGUCUUGCUACCAUUAUUGGGAAGAUCGGCUGGCAUUUGUUCUGUUGACAUUUAUAGUCCUGACUGUCGGAGUUCUGGUAGAGAAAGUACUUCUCCAUGAGCUCAUGAAAUGGUCCUCCAGCUAUGCAAUGACUCUUCUGAAUUACCUUGUGACAGCAGUAACUAUAAUUGUUGUUGCGGUUCCAGAAGGACUGCUGCUAGCAGUGGCAUUGAGUCUUGCAUUUGCAAUGAAAAGCUAGUGGAUAACAAGGCAUUGGCAAUAUUUCAACAUACAGGAGCAGAGGUUGCUAGGGAUAAGCCGCGGAAAGAAAUCUAUUCUUGGUACACCAACAGAAUCAGAAAUAUUAGAAUAUGGAUUGCUUCUUGGAGGUGAUAUUGAUAAGAAAAGAAGGGACUGUAUACUGCUGAAGGUUGAGCCUUUUAAUUCAGAAAA